CUCAGUGAGAGGCUGGCUGUUGGUCUGAGUGGGUGUGUGUACGGCGCGCUUCGCUCCCUCACCCGUGCUGCCUAUCAUACCAAACUGCCUUCCCCUGUGUUGCCUCCCCCACCACGUGCCUGAGGAUUUAUAGCACCAUUACCUACUGUCCCCGUUAAGUGCGUGUGCCUAUUUUGGGUGUGCGUCUCUGCGUGUGGUUGUCCUGCCACUGCUUCUGCUUCUCUUCGUCUCUGCUAACCUACUACAGUGAUGGACGACGCGCGGGUGGCGUGAGAUGAGCGUGGUGGUGUCUGCCGCUGGGAUGCCGGGGUCGCCGUCGGCCUCGCCCCAGGAGGACGAGGCCUCGGAGCUUGACGGGUGGCGCCAGGCAGUGCGGGCCAAGGUGACCACCCUCAAGUGUCACGUGAUGGCCUCGCGCGGCCUCACCUCAGAUGGGCACAUCGUGGCCCCCUACUCCCCGCGGCUGUUACUGGACGCCCCCAACGCACGCCUCCUGCUGGACGCUGCCAGCCUCGAUCUGGACGCUUAUGUAGAGGCGCUGCACCGCGCUGACGGGCUGCUGGCCAAGGGCAGCGGCGGCGACCAGAAUGGCACCGCCGAGGAGGACACAGUCUCUCUGGACGACGUGCAGCUCCGCCUGCAGCAGGAGGCCGCCGCCACUGCCGCCGCCCCAGCCACGCCCGCCACUCUUACCAACGGCCACGCCCUUACGCCUGCCUCCUCCCCUGCCAAGUCCCUCUCCAAUGGGUCUGCAAAGUCACCCCCGCCCUCUCCUCCUCCCUCCCCAGCGCCAUCCCCACUUCCCUCGCCCUCCCUUUCCCGUCCCAGCAAGGUGGCGGAGGUGAACGGCCACGGGCUGAACGGUUCGCACGAGGCCGUGAACGGCACGUUACCCGCCGGGGACGAGGCGGUGAGGGAGGAGUUGGCAGCGGCGCGGCAGCAGCUUGCACAGAAGGAAGCGGAGGUGGUGAGGCUGGCCAGGAUCAGGGAUGAAGUGGAGAAUGAACUGCAGGAGCUUACCGCCAACCUCUUCCAGGAGGCGCACAGCAUGGUGAACAGUGCCAACCAACGAGCUGCCAAUGCAGAGCGGUCACUGCGGGAGGCUGAGAUGCAAGUGGAGGUCCUGACGGCGGAGGUGACGGCGCUCAAGGCCCUCGUCAUCACCUCCACCCCCGCGGCGCCUAACCCUCACCUCCACCCUCAGCUCAUCACCAAGAGUGUCACGGAGACUGGUAAGAAGAUCUUCCAGAGAGGCCACAGGAAGUCCCCCUCAGACUUUGACCUCAAGUACGGCAGGGACACGACACCUCCAAGCUCACCACUCAAGGAGAGCAGAAUAAAUGAUGCAGCUGGACUUGCGCAGUUCCCCCUUGAUCCGGAGUGCUGGGAGGUCAGUCAGUCAGUUGAUCCAGUGGUCCACAAGGAAUUCAUUGCCUGGAAACAGAAUCCCACACUAGAGAGGUCCAAUCCCUUCAUGCAGAGGAUAUAUGAGGAGGACAUUGACUUGUGCCUGGCCUUCCCCAACUCUGUGCUGGCCCACCGUGUCCAGCGAGCCAUCGAGGACAACUCUGUCUUCAUUGAGGAGGUCAACCCGCGGCAGAAGAGCAGUUGUCCGAGAGUUGACCCUGAUGAAACCAGGAAGUGUGUGCUGUUGGAUGUGCCUCGGUUCUGCAAGUACCGCUUCAGACUCAGUGAAUCUGAUGAGACUUGGUACUACAUUUCCCAGCUGGCCAGGAAUAGGAUUAUUGCAAUAUGUGAUUUCCUUAACUACCUAAGAUACAUCAAGUUGGGUCUAGUCAAAAGCUCUGUGCAUGACGUUUAUUGGGAGAUUGUGAAGCUGCGACGACAGAUGGCUCUGGCACGCUUGGGAUUCUGAGAGGAGCCAGAGUUAGUCAGGAAGCAAGACUCGUUAACAGAAGUGACCUGACAAGCUUUUUAAUCCUGCAUCGCUGACCCCAUGUCCACCAGAAACAAGUUGGAGUCAAGAAUGUGGGACUGAAAAAUAAUGGUGUAAUGAAAGCAAUGCGUGUGGAACUAAGAUGUAAUCAAUUUUGAGUGUAGAAGCUAGCUUGUCACUGAUGAAGAUGCCAUGAAAGAUUGAGUACACCACAAGAAAAAAUAAUUUCUCGAUUCAGCUUGAUGUCCUUGCUGUGCUUGGUAACAAUGGACUUUGUAUGGUGCUUCAGCUCUUGCCAUUACUUGAGUUCUCUCACUUCUCUGUGACAUUUUCUUGAUGUCUGCUACAUUUUGGGAAAAUAAGAAAAGCACUAAAAGAUCACAGAAGAUGUCCUAUGUAUCUGAGUGGGUCCUGAUGUCCCUGUGUUGUACAUACUAAUGGGGGUGUGGGAGGGCAAUGGCUGGUUAAUGUUCUCUGGUGUGCUCUGGUGACUCUCACUCAUGACCCACCAUAUUUUUGGCACUGAAGGUCACAAGCUCAAGGUGAGUCAGAAACCAAAUAUUGACUCAGUAACUCAGCAUGAAUCUCUAAUUGAGAUAAAGUUGCCUAUGAAAGAGCUUUAUGCUUUUUUAAUUAUUUUUAAGGCAUUAUAUCAUCCCUUUUUGGAUGAUAUUUAUUGAAGAUGCAGUUCCCAGGAGUGCAUCGUUGUGUGUUUGUCAUUGUGUAUAUUUUUGUAUAGCGACUUCCCUCUUAUAUGACCUUUGACCUCAGUGGACCCAUGAAGAUUUAGUUGUGGAGGAGUUGAGAGAGUGAAGCUGAUCACGGCAGGAGGCGACUCCAUUUGUCACUCCCUUAACCAGCUGAUGUGUGGUUGUAACUCAUUUAUAAAUGUACUAGAUCUAAAGUCACUAAGUUACAACUGAACUGUUCAUUAUGAUGUUUAUGAUGGCUAAUAUUGCUCACUGGUGUAAAGCAUUGAUGAUGAUGAUGGUGAUGAUGAUAAUAAUAAUAAUAAUACACUUAAGACACUACAGUAACCAAACCCUCCCACUCAUCAUAUCUUCUUGAUGCACUAUGCUGCAAACACAACACUGAAAAUUUAUACAACACCAGCAUUCAAUGUAUGAAAAAGUAACUGAGGGAAUAAUAUUUUUAUGGCAUUUUCUUUGUACAUAUUUUUAUUUUAUUGAUAAUUCCAAAAAUUUUAAAAAUCAAUACAUAUGCAUAUAAUGUGUGAUUUAUCUUGCUAUAAUUGCUUCACAUACCUCAAUAUGCCUCAACAUCCAUGAUUGUGAUAUAUAAUACACAUCAUGAUUCUUCUGUUGAAAUGCAUGAUCUGUUGACUCAGGACUCACUCUGUGUGGGAGAGCUGUGUGGAUGGUCCGUUGAGGUCAAGUAUUAGACUGGUGGUGGACUGAAGGGUUAGACCAUCACAUUAUUAAAAGUACAGCUGCUGCAGAGAACAAGAGAAGCAUGUGGAAGGUUCUAGCCAGUUGCUGUGAGACUAUGUAAAUGAUGUUUUUUGCUUUUCCUUGUAAUAUUUAUGAGCAUUUUCUGCAUGCAUAUGAAGGAAUCUUGUGUUAAAAGUGAGAAUGUAGAAUGGUGAGUGUAUUUUGAUACUAGUAAUAUAAGUGAAAAAUGAACUUAGAUCUGAUUGUGGGAGGAGAGGAUUUUUGUUUUGCUGAGUGCAAUUAAUUCAGAAAUUGCAUUGGGUGUUACUCCUGUGAUACUUUCCCAGUUACUGUGUUAAGGUGACAGGCUUCUGCACCUCUUGAAAUACUGUUCAGAAAAGCAGACUAUGUGAGUGACUGUAUUCAGCUCCACAGCAGCAGGAAGCAAGAAGAGUGUGUGAGAAAUUUAUUAAAACAAAACCUGAAUAGCUGGACUCACUAAUCUAGAGAGAAAUGUAACUGAAAUAGAUGCUUGCAGGAGAAGUUCAAAAGAUAUUAAGAAGUAGUACCUGUAGUGAAAACCUUGCAAUCACCGUCACUUGGAGGUUGGUGAUACCAGCUACUCAGCCCACUUGGACACUGAAUGCUGUGGGGAAAAAUAGGGGGGUUUACUGAUUUUUAGGCUAGCAUGAUUGAAACUGGAAAUUACUCAGUCAAGAGAGAUUAUUUAGAGUGUGUGAUUGUUAUUGUUGUUGUUCUUGUUGUUGUUGUCCCCGAGAGGCUUGAUGUUUCUGGCGGGACACGUGAGUGAGUGCUGUGACUGUACAGUAUAUUAGUGGACUACUAUGUGUUAAGGUGUAAACAUUAUAGAGAAGCUGUAUAUUGAUAUAUUGAUAUUUGUAUAUUAGUUUUUUAUAACUGUGUAGGACUCAACAAAAAAAGGAACCUAAAUAUAUAAUCAUUAAACUUUUAAUGUAUGUAGAGAAAAAUGUGUUACACAGCACAGUCUCACUGAUCAGGUGUGUUGGCGUAAUCUCAUGAGCCGUAUGGUAAUGACAGGUGUGGGACGCUACUUACGCAAUAUGUGAUCUUUAACUCAAAAAAACAAUUAAUCCAUUUUCUUGACUAUCCAGAUAAUGUAGUUAUUUCUACAUAAUCUAAUGACAAUGUAGGUCCCUGUUAUCUGGGCUUAUUUCUCUGCUGUAGUUCUGUAAUGUCAGUUGGUUGCUGAUCCAUAGAAUCUUAUCAUGGCAAUCCUAUUGAGCAAGUAACAUCUGACUUAUUCUUUGGGAGGAGAACAAUUAUUAUAAGGAUGAUAAUUUGCAAACAAAGUAAAGCAGGUGCUUCACAUUCAAGAUUUUUGUAUUGGAAAAUACUACAGGUGCUGCUACUUGUAAAUUGAUGAAAUGUUUAAUUUUCCCUGGUCUAGGGAUAACAUCAUUCCCUAUAUACCAGAACAAGAAAUAUAAUUCUUUUGUGCUCUUGAAAAAUAUAUCACUUAGCCAGUUAUUGUCUUCCAUUUUUAUUUAAUGAUCUUCUAAAGAGAAACUAUCAGGAGAACGUGUUUUUAUUGCCACUUCACUCUUUUGAAGGGUAGCUGAAGUGUAAUCUGCUGUGCUUAGUAUGAUAUGCUGGCUCAUGGGUGGAAAAUACUGGAGAUCUCAAAGGAAAUGGAAACACUUCACUAAGGGAUGGAAACACUUCACUAAGGGAAGAAGCAAAAAAGGCUGAACAUUGAAACAAAGCUAGGAAAAUAAAAGAAACUUAAUUGUCCAAAACAUCAUAAAAGAAUAGGAGCAGAAAAAAAAAAAAUCAUCUAAACACUGAAAAAAAGAUAAUAAGUAAAAUAACUGUCACUUCCUACCUAACAAAUUAACAAACAAUUCUCCUUAGAUGCCUCAGGAAUAUUUUUUUUGUGGUUCUGACCAAUGUGACUGUGCUGUGUCAUGUCAUGUCGUUUUGCCCUUUGGGGGUGACCAUGUGAGGGAGAAGUUUUAGGUCAGGUCACAGGUCACAGAGAGAGAGUGUUAGUGUGACAGAACUGCUCAUUGAUGCCCCACCCAGACCAGACCAGCUGUACUCUCAAGACUGUUUUUUAUAUUGUACGUCUGCGUCUGUGAGGAAGGAUGUGUUUUGAAAUGUUUAUCACUAUGUAUGUGUCUAUAUAUUUACUAAAGCUCUCUCUAUCUAUAUAUAUACAA